GCCGGGCACCGCCGCGGGGACGGGAGGAGCUGCCGCCGCCGCUGCGCUCCCCGGCCCGGCGCUGGGGGAGCGGGCGGUGCCCGCGGAGCUGGGCCAUGAGGUUUCCUUUGCCUGAUCUGUAAACAUGUCCACAGACCUGCUAUGGUGUGAGGAUUGCGGUAAAAGCCUUAUAGGAGAAUGCAAACUCCACGGACCACUCAUCAGGGCUAAAGACAGGGUUAUUCCCAGCCGAGCCCGUCUCACCCUACCUCAUUACCUCACUUUGCGAGUGUUGGAGCUACGAGCUGGAAACCAGCAGAUCCUUGGAGUAUUUGCAAAGAAAGUAAUACAGAAGAGAACACAGUUUGGUCCUUAUGUUGGUCAACUGUCUACAAAACUGACCUGCUAUGAUGAGAGCAGGCUAGUCCUGCAGGUGUUGAAAGAUGGAGGGAAGUACUUUCUGGACACUCCCAAUGAAGACUGUGGAAACUGGAUGAUGUUUGUCCGGCUAGCCCGGAACCAAGAAGAACAGACCCUUGUGGCUUAUCAGCACUGUGGAGAAGUCUACUUCACAACUGUUAAGCCAAUUGAACCCCACACGGAAUUGAAAGUAUGGUAUGCUGCCGAUUAUGCCAAAUUUAUGGAAGCUUCUGCAGUCUUCAUUAAAGAAGAAUCUGAUGUCUGUCCUUUGCCUCCAGUAGCAAAAGAGCCCGCAGACCCUUGGAUAUGCUCCAGCUGUGGAGGCACUUUCCCAACUUUUGCUUUGCUGGAAUCUCACCAGUGCAUCCAUAAAGACCGAGUCCUUACUACCAGGAUCAGACCACCAAAUAAACUGGGACCCAUAAAAGCAAAAAGCAAACUCAAAGGGAAACUGAGAGGAGCUGCAUUAGGCAAAAGCAUUGCUCAGUGCUUUGGGACCAUUUCCUGUUCCUCUGCUGCAAAGCUUAGCUGUGCCAGCUCAGGAAGCCCUUGUGAUGCCCUUGUGAGGCUUAUACCUAAAUGGAGAAACGGCCGGUCUUCACUGUUGAAGGGAAGAGAAGUGAAGCAGCCAGACAGUUACCCUUGCCGACUCUGUGGGAAGAUAUUCGAUUCCAUUAACAAGCUCAGAGUCCACACUUACGUGCACAAAGCGGAGCGCCCCUACAAGUGUUCACAGCACGGAUGCACAAAAGCCUUCAUUUCCAGAUAUAAACUGCUCAGGCACUCAGCCAUUCAUUCUCCGCAGAAAUCUCACCAGUGUGGCUACUGUGAAAAGACCUUUCACAGGAAAGACCAUCUAAAGAAUCACCUUCAGACUCAUGACCCUAACAAGAUGGCCUUCAAGUGUGAAGAGUGUGGCAAGAAGUACAACACCAAGCUAGGCUACAAGAGACACUUGGCUCUUCAUGCAGCCACCAGUGGGGACCUUACUUGUAGGGUAUGUGCCCAGGAGUUUGGUGGUACUGAAGUUUUGUUGGAACACCUCAAAAGCCAUGCAGGGAGACCAACUGGGAAUACAAAAGAAAAGAAACAUAAGUGUGACCAUUGUGAGCGUCACUUCUACACCCGUAAAGAUGUGCGGCGUCACAUGGUAGUUCAUACAGGCUGCAAAGACUUUCUGUGCCAGUUUUGUGCCCAGAGGUUUGGGCGGAAAGACCACUUGACUCGCCAUACUAGGAAGACCCAUCCACAAGAACUGCUGAAGAGCAGGCUGCAGAAUGGUGACUCGGUGGGUCUCCUUGAUCAGCUUUUUCCACUAAGACUGAAACAAGAUGCCAGCAUACUGUCCUCUUUUCCUGAAAGUGUCUCUGUGCAGAAUGGGAUUUUGAAUAGUUCAGAAUCAGGGGAAUACACUCUUCAUUCCCAGCCAAGCUUACCAACUGCCCUUCCUCUUGAAUCUUCUCCUGAUUUGCAAAGGAUGGGCUGUGCAGACAGCCUUCCAGCUGUCCAUACCACACCAUGCUCAACAGCCGUUCCUACCAACCUGAACCUGCAUCAGCCUAAUAAAUACGACCCUAGUUCUACCUCAUUUGCAGCAGGACCCCUCAAAAAUCUACCAAUAAAAGUGGAUGUUAAAGGUUAUAAUGUGCAUCUUCUUGAGGACCUGCCAUUAACAGAACCUCAAUCUCUCCACAAAAUCAGUCUGGAAGAAGCUUCCUCAGGGCCUGUAGGGGAUACUAACAAGUACCCAGUGCACAAGGAGACAGAGGCAGCAGCUGAAACUACGAGCCUGCCUUUCAUGGAUCUCACUCAUGUGAUGAGUUUCUGGCAGCUCCCACCAGCUGACAACCAGAACACCACUGGGGACAUCACAAUGGCAUUUGGUCCAGAGGAACCAUUACACAGGCUGAAUGGUCUUGGCCAACAGCAAGGUCUUCAGCUAGCAACUGGCGGGAUGGCCAUAAACCAGCUGCAUAAUCUUCCUCGCUCCUUUCCAUCCACUACAAAUUCUGUCACGUUGCCUCAUUUUCAUCAUGCCUUCAAAUAACUAUCACCAUGGUUUGAGGGGUUUUUUUCCUUCUUUUUUUUUAAGACUGCGCUUCUUACUUAAAUCUGUUAGGAUGGGGUGGUUACGGUUUUGUUUUGUUUUUAAGAAAAACUGCCCCAAAAUGUUUUCAAACCAUGUUAUGAACAUGGCUGGUAGUCAAAUUCAGGAUGUUAAUAAACAAGAAGCUCUAUUUUUCAUACGACUAUUAGUUUUUUAGCAUAUUAUGACAGUAGUAGAACUAACCUAUUUCCUUCAACACCCUCUAUAUUUUUGUUUCUUACCUUUCACACAAACAGCUGAAUAAGUAUCUUCAGUGAUAGCAAAGCAUUGUAACAGGCACAAUAAACCUAUGGCUGCUGCAGUAGGAUAAAUAGGGUUAGGGUGAAUGGGAAGAAGGGGGAAAUCACAGAAAAAUUAUUUUAAUGAGCUGUAAAUCACAGCGUAUUUAUACACAUGGCAAACGGAACAAUCGAUUUAUCAACAUCCCAUAGAUUUCUGUUAAGCAUUUAAUUACUGAACUUGAUGAAUCUUUAGUUCAAAUCAGAAUCAUCCCAAGAGUAAAUCUUACCUCCUUGUUCCACUUUUUUUAAAUGAAGAAGAUCACUUUUGUGAUUAUGCUUGACUAGACUUUGUUUUCUGAAGCACACUUCAGCUGUGUGCAUCAUCUCCUGCAUUUUUUUCCCUAGGGCUGGAAAUAACUACCACUUCUGUAUGACUGGGUAAGAACUAACGUCUUGUAUACGUGCAGUUGUCAGAAUGGGAAGAUAAUUUUCUCAAAGGUUAGAGCAAAACAUAAAUUUCCACAGGAGCAGAAUCUGGCAAGAUAUCAGACACUGUGCUCUCUCUCUCUUUUGUAAAUCACUUAAGCAUUUGCUUAAAUUGAAGCAUCUGUUAUCCCAUUGGGUCAAGAGUUUGAUUUAACACUCAAUAAAAAAAUAACGCUUCCUACCUAAGGGGCCUGCAUUCACCUUUUGUUGAUAAAAAUGGCCUUUCUUUAGUCUGGGAAAUGAUUAUUAAUCAUAGCCAUCUGAAAUGUGGAUUCCUUCAUGGAAAGCCAACCCUGGCCUAGGGCAGCCUGCACCCAAGCAGGAUCUCUGUGGGGCCAGGGACAGAUCCACGCAGAAAGAUUGUGGUAGUGAGCUGACACCAGCCCCUGUUUGAAACCGGGUUAUGAACCUGCCUCACAAGUAUCGCCUGAAAUUAGUAGGCGUGAUAAUAGUUGAGGCCAGUUUAAUCACAGGGAGUUUGCUCAGUAGCAGUGGGACAGCUGGAGUUGGGCUUCCAGCCUUUGUUUCUUCCAUACGACAGGGACUUUGUUUUCUGGGGUGAAUUGUCCGUGUACAGUUCCAGUUGACUCUGUGUGGGUGUGACAGUCCUAUCACCUGAUGCGUGAACUAGUAAAAGCUGCAAAAGUCAUACCUGCCAGUAGAUGACAUUAAAAACAAACAACAACAACAAAGUCCCACAAACCAACCAAACUCUUCUCAGUGAACUUUCUUGCCAAACCCAUUAUUAUAAAAAAAUAUAAAAAUAAUCCUGGUUUUAGUGGAUAAUGCAGUUACUAAAUGGAUUCUGUUGCAGCCAAAACAGACAGAAUUUCUGAAUCAGAGUAAAUUCUCAAACCCCAACAGCUACUCUUCCAUUAAAUCAAGAAAGAGUUAAUAGUACCUAAUGAUCAUUACAAAUACAGCGUGAAGCAAGUGUGUUCUUUUCUCCCCCCAUUAAUCACAGGAAUAUUUCCAGACAGCUUCAAAUAAAAAAUGCUUUUUAAAUGAUUGCUGUUAAUGAACUACAGUGACAUUGUACAUGAACUACGAUGAUCUGAAUAUUCUUACAGUUUUAUCAAUUCUUGGAUUAAGGAAAUGUUGUAUUACUGCAGUUCAUGCGAGAGUGUGUUCUUCAGAGACACUGCUGAGGGGUAUUUUUUGUUAUGAAAAUUUUUGGCAUAAGGCAAACCAGAAGGAAUUUUAAAAUCAUUCUUGUAAUAACAGCAGGAGGAAGAGCAGGUGCUGCACAGUCAUGCCCAGUUAGCAGUGAUUUAAAUUAGAAGUUCCAGAAUAGGGGGAAAAUGGUUGCAAACAAUGUUAAAUGCACAUUCUACAGCUAGGCUUACAUUGUCAUCAGGAGUUGGAAAGUUGUGUGUAUAUUCCCUUAAUGCAUUGUUUUCCUUGUUCAUGUAAAUUGAAUUCACUUGGCUUCAUCCAAGCUCAUGUACUUGUAAAAAAACCAGAUAACAAAUACAACAAAAAACCCCACAAGUUCUGUAGCACUGCUUGAUCAUAUACUAUUAAUAGACAUUUGUCAUUUUGGUUUGUGCUUCUGUAAGAGGUGUAACUAAUUACAGAAAUACUUGUCUUUGAAUUAAAAUGUGAUGUUAAGAAGAAAAUGUCAUGCAAACACUGAGCUGUAGCCGGGUGCCUGAGCUCUGAGCUGCUAAGGGAGGUACUGCUGCCUCAUGAUGUGUUGGUGAGAGAUGCUUAUCAUAUGUAACUACAGGUUAAAAACCAAGUCUCAUUCAAGUAAAAAGAAAAUAACCUCUUUGAUAUUAAAAUGCUUAGGAAGCACUCGAUGGUGUCUACACAGAUGCAAACCUUAAAUGUGUAAUAGUGCUGCUUUAUCCCUUCAGUCCAUUCAAAUUUCUUUUUCCAAUUCUUGAUAUUAUAAAUGCAGAGGAAGCUGAUGAUGUCUCAUCACAAAGGAAGUUAUUUCAAAAGGUUAGGUUUGCAUAAAAAUGGUUUUGUUUCAAAAUUCUCAAAACUCAGAAGAUCCUACUUCAAAGUAGGGCUGGACUUUCUUAUAGGUUUUAUUAGGGGGACUUCUGUGAGCAUUUUUGGGAGGCCAGCAGUAGCUGAGGCUCAAGAAUGCUUUUUUUCCUGGGCAAACAAAUACUUUGGGCUCAAUAGACCUUCCUGUUGUGCGCCUGAAUAUCUCACUGGUGAAAGAGCAAUAGUUUGCUUUUUUGCAAUAGUUUGUUUGGGUUUUUUUUGCAUAGGCAUAGUGGUGCUAAAGAAGAGGUGAGGAGACAGCAGCAAGCCUGUACCAGCUCUCCCUGGACUCACCUGAGGUGUCCCAAGAGGAUGGGGCUGCAGCAGGCAGGCAGGCAGGCAUGGCUUCAGGCAGUGACAGUGGAGAAGGUAGCAGGAGCUGCAAGACAUCUGUCUGGUGGCACUGCCUUUGGCUCACACAGGGCUGUGACAGCACCAGUGUGGGGAGAGGCAGCCAGGGACAUGGUAGAGGAAGAAGGCAGUGCAGCCAGUGGCCUGUCCUUUCUCCUCCUUGGCACAUUCCUCCUCCAAAUGGGAGGGGAAGAUGGAAGGGCAGAGGGCUGGCGCGGGGAAUGAACCAUAGAUUAGCAGCUGAGAGGCAGAACAGAAAGAUCUGACUCACACCCUCACGGAGAUAAAAAUACUCUUGUACCUGAACUCUGCUUGAAAAAUCUGUAGAAGUGGAGCAACAGGUGGUGGUUAACAACGGAAUUACUAUAAUCAAAUCAUACCAUAAAAUAGCAAAACUUAAUAAACAUUUGGUCUCAUGCAAAAAAAAAAAAUCUACUCAUUUUGUAUUAAAAAAAAAAAAGCCAUGUAAACCUGCUGAAAUAAGGAGUUAAAAUUAUACGACAUAAAACAAAAGACUCUGCAGCCUCUAUGUAAACACAAGUAUUGCUAGUGUUCAGUUCCCAUCCCCUAUCAAAAACUAUGUUCAGUUCUUUUUCCUUCAGUUUUAUUUUCCAACUGUUGCUGUUGGGACUCCCUUUUCUUAACCAGUGAGUCGCUGUUAGUUCCAGAGUUUUUCCACAGCCUGUCAGAAAUAGGAGGGUGUGUUCUAUGUAUUAAUGAUUGAUUCAUUUUCUCCUAACAGACUUUUUAAGUACCGUCCUUCAACGCAGCAUUCCCGCCACUGUCAGAUACUGGAAAAUGAGCUGUCAAAUCAGACACUAAUUCACACAGACAGAAAAUAAUGGGAGAACAACAACUACUACAGUAAAACUUGGUUUAACUUUUCAGGAUUCAUUUAGUUGGUUGUAAAAGAAAGCAAUUAUGAUAAUAUUGCACAGGAUAGUUCGGGGGUUUUUCCUCUUCUUCCUGUAUUGAAUAAAAGGCUAAGCACUGCUUUAAUAUAUUUGGCCUAAUUUCGUGCCUGCUGUUUCUAAGAAGUCUAGCUGUAGGAGUUAAACUUACUUCAGUGUCAUCCUUCCUGUAUUUAUCUGAUCACUAUUAGCUAUAGCCUGAGUAGAGUUUAAUUAAACUCUGUAAAGUCUGGUAUUAUUUAUUAUUGCUGUGUCUGACUACUUUUCAUCUUCAUUUACUUCAUAAACAUUUAAUAGGCAAGAAAAUUCCUUAUGGAUUUUAAUUGAAAGCCUUAUUGGAAAUUGUUGGGCUAAAAAAACCCCCAACCUGUUGUAACAUUGAGAGUUUAUGCAAGGUGAUCCAAGGCUGGUAAUGGAUCAGGUGGCCAAAAAACAAGGCGGCAUCUGCCUCCACAACAUUUCUAUCUAUCUUAUCAAUGAAUUUCUGAAAGCAAUUGACGUUUUUAAUGCAAAAAUGAGAUUUGGUUUUAGUCUGAACUUGAAGUGCUUUGAAGCUGAUGGACAGCAUACAUGGCCAUUUAUCACUUACCAAUCACUAUCAUUUAUUGUUUACUGGAAGAUUCUAUUAAAUACAUACAUGAAAUUAAAAA